AUGGUAAGAAUAGACCCAAGGAUUAGUUGUUAUCGCCUAAACAUCAACGCUUCCUAUGCCCAACAUCGGCAAAAAAGACGAGCCCUCAACCCAGAGAGCUACAAGGCGUUCAAAGACGAAGUCAAUAAGCUUAGCCGCAGUGGCUUUAUCAAAGAAGCCAUUUAUUCGAAGUGGAUAUCCAACCCGGUCCUUAUGAGGAAGUCUAGCGAGAAAUGGACGGUGUGUGUAGACUUCACAAACUUAAACAAAGCAUGCCCUAAGGAUAGCUUCCCACUGCCGAGGAUAGACCAACUUAUACCGAUGUUUCGACCUGAUGAGGAGGCCACGUCGUUCAUCAUAGACAAAGGAUUAGCCACUGAUAAGAGCCUAUCAUUCUUCAAAGUGUUGAAGCAAGGGAAGAAGUUCCAAUGGACCGAUGAGUGCGAGAAAGUCCUUCAAGCACUGAAGAAACACUUAGGAGAGGUGCCUCUGUUAUCCAAACCUAAACCACAGGAAUCACUACUGCUAUACUUGGCGGUCUCGGACGAGGCGGUCAGUGCAGUCAUAGUUAGAGAAGAAGACGAGCAUCAAUUGCCGGUAUACUAUGUCAGCAAAGCACUACUCCCGACAGAAACCCGCUACCCGGGCAUGGAAAAAUUGGCACUCGCCCUCAUCACGGCGUCAAGGAAACUAAGGCUAUACAUCCAGGCCCACUCAAUCGAAGUUCUCACCAACUUCCCAUUGAAGCAAGUAUUGCAACAAAUGGAAGCUUCGGACCGCCUGCUGAAAUUGGCAAUUGAGCUCAGUGAGUUCGACCAACUGUUCCGACCCAAACAUGCCAUCAAGGGACAAACCCUUGCAGAUUUUGUGGCUAAAUUUGCCAUAGCACCAGAAAUGGAGACAGCAAUGGAACCAGCCAAGCCCCCAACAUGGAACUUGUUUGUGGAUGGAUCCUCAAGAGAAACUGGCUCCGAAGCUGGGAUCGCCUUGGAAAGCCCGGAAGGCCACAAGCUAAAUUGCGUCAGAAGGCUCCUGGCAAGCAGCGACUCUCAACUUGUGGUGAGUCAGGUCAACGGAAACUUUGUCGCCAAAGACAGUAGCAUGGUUGCAUAUUUAAAAUUGGUCGUGGACCUAAUCCCACAUUUUGAGAGGUUCAAAUUGAUCCAAGUCCCACGCCUUGAGAACCCUCAUGCAGACGCCCUGUCAAAAUUGGCCAGCAGCAAAGACUCAGAGCUGCUAAAGAUUGUCCCCAUUGAACGCUUGUCGAAACCCUCUAUUUUCGGAGGUGAAGAGUUGUUAUGGAUAGAAAGUACCCCAGUAUGGAUGCAACACAUCAUAGCCUAUCUCAAGGAUCAAUCACUACCAGCUUUAAGAAACGAGGCGAGGAAGUUAAGAAGGAGAGCCGCGCACUUCGUCCUACAAGAGGAUGUCCUCUACAAAAGAGGCUUUGCCUCACCACUUCUCCGAUGUGUAGAAGGGGAAGAAGCUACAUAUAUACUCAGGGAGAUCCACGAAGGGAUUUGCGAAAAUCAUUCUGGAGGAAUGGCUUUGGCACACAUGGUGCUCCGACAAGGCUACUUCUGGCCAACCCUGAAAAGGGAUGCUUGCCAAUUCGUUUAG